AUGAUGUGCGACGUAAUGCCGACAAUCACCGAGGAUGGUGUUGAUCAUAACGGUCCUAUGGAUGAACAAGCGACGCAUGAUGCCAACAUAGAGCAGCUUAUGAUGAAUAUGCUGGAAGACCGCGAUAAGCUCCAAGAGCAGCUCGAACAGUACAAACAACAAAUUGAAGAGGCGGCAAUGCGCACAAAGGAGGUUGAAAAGGAGCGCGACAUGCUAAAAAGGCAAUUUGACAUGCAAACUCAACACCUUCCAUCGGAACUUCAAACAAUGACGCGGGAGUUGUGUCAAGUGAAAGAGCAGCUACUCGAAAAGGAUGAAGAAAUUGUAGAGCUGAAAGCAGAAAGAAACAAUACACGGUUGCUACUAGAACAUCUGGAAUGUUUGGUCUCGCGACACGAAAGGUCGCUACGGGUAACAGUGAUGAAACGGCAAGCUCAAAGUCCCGCUGGUGUCUCUUCUGAAGUUGAAGUUUUGAAAGCUCUUAAAAGUUUAUUCGAGCAUCAUAAAGCGCUCGAUGAAAAGGUUCGUGAACGAUUACGCGUAGCAAUGGAGCGGGUAGCCACAUUGGAAGAAGAGUUAAACUCAAAGGGUGAAGAGAAUUCGACGCUUAAGGCCAGAAUAGCAUCCUUCACAGCGGAAGCUGAAGAAGCAAUGGCAACAAAUGCUAGGACGAAUGGUUCGGUUAGUAGCGAAAGUGCAGCAAGAUUGAUUGAAAUGCAAGAAGCAUUGGAGCGACUCAAAACUGAACUCUCAAAUACUAUGAAACAGUCUGCAGAAUUAUCAGCCAGAAAUUCUGAAUUAGAAGGUCAGGUCACAGAAUGCCAAAGAGAAAUGCACGCUGCCCAGGAAACCAUUACAAGGCUCAAAAAUCAAAUUUGUGAAUUGGAUGCUCAAAGAAACGAACAGGAUGCCAGAAUUAAUACAUUAGAAAGCAGGUAUCUAUCUGCUCAACGCGAAACGACGUGUAUACGCGACCUCAAUGAUAAAUUAGAACACCAGCUAGCCAAUAAGGAUGCUGCUGUUCGUCUAAACGAAGAGAAAGUCCAUUCAUUACAAGAACGACUUGAAUUAGCUGAAAAGCAGUUAGCUCAAAGCUUGAAAAAGGCCGAAUCCCUACCUUCGGUUGAAGCUGAAUUACAGCAACGCAUGGAAGCAUUAACAGCUGCUGAGCAAAAGCAAAUAUCCGCGGAAGAACGGGUACAGCGUCUGGAAAGACAACUGCAGGAAAUGUCAGCUGAAUUAGAGCGGGCUGUUCAACGGGAAAAAAUGAAUGAAGAGCAUAGCCAGCGAUUAAGCAGUACAGUUGAUAAGCUCUUAUCUGAAUCGAACGAUCGUCUGCAAUUACAUUUGAAAGAGCGCAUGCAAGCUUUGGAUGACAAAAAUCGGUUGACUCAACAAUUGGAAAGCACAAAAAAAAUUUAUGACCAAGCUGAACGCAUCAAAGAUCGUCUUCAACGAGAUAAUGACACUCUUCGUCAAGAAAUUGAAUCGCUUCGCCAGCAGCUGUACAACACACGAACCGCCCAAUUCCAAUCAAGAAUGCACGCUAUUCCUUACACUCAGCCAAUAAUGAACGGCGUUCAAAAUCCCCCCUUGUCUCAGCCACCUGCUACAAAUCACCAGGUUUACGAGCAAUCGGCGCCGGCAUAUGCCACAAUUGGAAUGCGAAGACCAAAUAAGGGGCGAAUAUCUGCACUUCAGGAGGAUCCUAAUAAAGUGCAGACUUUGAAUGAACAAGAAUGGGAUCGAUUGCAACAAGCUCAUGUUCUAGCAAAUGUGCAGCAAGCAUUUUCCUCAUCUCCGUCGAUGGCUGAAGUUGGAAACACCAUGUCUCGAGGAAAUGUGUCAACACCACAAGGCGCACCUGAAGACAUGCAAGGGCAUAUGGGUGUAUUACAACCUGGAGCUCAAGAUCCUCAUAUGCUUGCAUCAAUGCUUCAAGAUCGUUUAGAUGCUAUUAAUACGGAAAUUCGACUUAUUCAGCAGGAGAAACAUCACGCAGAACGUGUUGCUGAGCGAUUAGAGAGAAGUGGUCGUGAGUAUUAUGAUGACCAAGGAAACUCUACGAGAAGCUCACCGCGCGGAAGUCCGCAGUUGAAUAUGAUGAAUCACAAAUAUAAUACGCUCCCAGCAAAUCCAUCGUCGGGUGAUAGAAGAUAUGACAUUUAUGGCAACCAUCAAUACGCCGAUGACUCUAUGGUCCGCGAUUUGGAAUAUACUCCAAGAAGAAUGAAUCAUAGAUACGAUGAAGCAGUUUAUGAAGGGGAUCGUAUGUCCCCAGCGUCAUCUAUUGCUUCAUCAACUGACGGAAUCACCGGGAAGAAAAAGAGAUCUAAUAGUUCGAGUGGAUUGAAAACACUUGGACGGUUUUUCAACAAGAAGAAAAAUUCGGCUAGUGACUUGUACAAAAGAAAUGGAGAUGGCGUGUAUUCAGAUGGAGAACUUUCUGGAAACGAAGGGCAGAAAGGGGAUUAUGAUAGAAGAAAGAGAAAGAAACACGAACUACUUGAAGAGGCGAUGAAAGCUCGCACUCCGUUUGCUCUUUGGAAUGGUCCGACGGUAGUUGCUUGGCUUGAACUUUGGGUUGGAAUGCCGGCAUGGUACGUCGCAGCAUGCAGGGCAAAUGUCAAAUCAGGAGCAAUUAUGUCGGCUUUGAGUGAUCAAGAAAUUCAAAAGGAGAUUGGCAUUUCUAAUCCAUUGCAUAGAUUGAAAUUGAGACUUGCCAUACAAGAAAUGGUAGCACUCACUUCUCCAUCUGCACCUAGAACUGCUCGGUUAACUUUAGCAUUUGGGGAUAUGAAUCAUGAAUAUAUUGGAAAUGAAUGGCUUCCAAGCCUUGGUUUGGCUCAGUAUAGAUCUGCUUUUAUGGAAUGUCUAUUAGACGCUCGGAUGCUGGAACAUCUUUCAAAGCGUGAUCUGAGAAAUCAUCUGAGAAUGGUCGACACAUUCCAUAGAGCUAGUCUUCAAUAUGGAAUAAUGUGCCUCAAGAAAGUUAAUUAUGAUAAGAAGGUUUUAGCAGAUCGAAGGAAAGCUUGCGAGAAUAUAAACAAAGAUGUUCUUGUCUGGUCAAAUGAAAGAGUACAACGAUGGGUUGAAGAAAUUGGUCUUGGAUCAUUUGCUAGAAAUCUGAUUGAUAGUGGAAUACAUGGAGCAUUGAUUGCUCUGGAUGACACAUUUGAUGCCCAAGCCUUCGCCUACUCGUUGCAAAUCGGAUCGCAGGAUGUGCAAAGUAGACAGAUGCUAGAGAAAAAAUUCAACGCUCUAGUUGCCGAAUACCGAAAAGCUGCCAGAUCCAGCAAUCCACACGCGAGACAAAGUGCUCGUAAAAUUGAAGCAGUUGCUCGAACUUACGCGUUUACUUGA